GUCCCCAGAGUGGACUUAACUCGGCUACUCAUUCAGACGGUUUGGCGUCUUGUCCGUUGUUAAGCACCCGUAACGGUAGUAGUUUUCGUUGGAUUUCCUCACAUCCAGAUCCACAUCCGUGAAAGUUCAUUUAAGAUCUUUGCUACUGUUACGGCCGAAAAUUCGGAAAACAGCUUAAACGGCUUCUCCUUGAGACAAGAGUGAAAACUAGUGCAUUUUUUUUUUGGAAAAUCAAGUACAUUAUGAAUUUCGAUCAAGCUAUCGUAGUCAUUUUGGGUAUCCUUACACUUAUCGCUCGAUUUGGAAAUGCUUGCCGAGGAAGAAUAAUCUACAGAGCAAACGGAGUUACAGAACGUGAAAAGCAAAUCAUACUCAAUACUCAUAAUGGUAUGCGACAAUCCGUAGCCUUGGGGCAAAUUCGAGGACAACCCCAAGCAGCCAAUUUGCUCGAAAUGAAAUGGGACGACGAGUUAGCUUACAAAGCUCAACAAUGGGCAACUACAUGCAAAACAUACCAUCAUGAUCAUCAUCGACAUGUUGCCAGGUUUCCCGUGGGUCAAAACGUAGCGAGGACGUGGACUACGAAGCCGCCAGAGAGUGCGUAUGAAACAGAGCCGGACUUUGAAGAUAUUAUUAAAAACAAAUGGUUCGGAGAAUUCAAAAACUUCCGCUACGGGCCACUAAACUUCGUUAAUGACCUAAUUGGACACUACACGCAGAUGAUUUGGGCUGAAACGUAUUUGGUAGGGUGCGGUUACGCGUUCUAUUUCGAACCGGGCAAGGGAUUCGUCAAGAGCUACGUUUGUAACUAUGGACCGAGUGGCAACGUACUCAGGCAGCAGCCUUACAAAACUGGCCAACCAUCCUGUUACAGCUUUGGAAUGUCUAAUUCACAUAAAUACUAUGGACUUUGUGAAACUCAAACUACCUUCAUAACAACUGUAGCAGAUAAUUAUUUGCAUUAUUAUUAGUGGAAAUCCGUUUUGAGUUAAUAUUGAAGAAGUAAUAAGCAGAACGUCGCGAAGAGGGAUUCCUAAAAGCCUAGUAAUUACCUAAAAUGAAAUUGACAUUAUUGGUAUGUUGUGCGAGACGUUAUUAAUAUCAGGUUCAUCUUUAUUGUGAAGUGCGAUGUAUCUUACAGUAUUUUUGCGGAUAAUUCUGCAUCAGUCAUACAAAAUUUACUUACUUAUUUGUCUUUAUAAGACCCGCUUGAUUAGGUUAAGGAUGAAGCCAAAAGACUGUUAUUUGUAGUAAAUAAAUUUUAUACUAAGUU